UGUUGUUUGUUCUUUGGAAUAAUUUCUGUAUUGGAAUAUUCUUAAAACAUAAUACUGUUAAUAUAGGGAACAAAGAUUUUAAGUUAAAGAUAAACUUAGUAGUUUAUAUAAUUUUAGAUAAAUGAUGUACAAUUUCUUUGGUUACUAAGCGAGUUUUCAAAGUAGCCUAUUUCUCCUUUUAGGCUAGGCCUACCUAUAAAACCAUGGAGAAUAAAGGGGAACAUCUCUGUGUUUUGUGCAAUAAUAAAUUAGAGUCAAAAGAAGCGUUAAGAGAACAUUUCAGGAAACAUGCAAAUAAAGAAAUAGAUGGUAAAGGCCGACCAGUAGGGCCAAACGGAGUUGUGGACGUGACUAAGAUGCGAGGUUUUGGCUAUGAGAAAGGGUCUGCCUCUAAGUUUGUAGAUGGUGAAAUAUCUUGUGAUGUUUGCGGUGAAAAGUUUAAAUGUAACACAGCGGCUAUUCAACACAAGUUCAAGAAACAUCCGCAUACAUUGGUGAAGCACUACUGUCCUGAGUGCGGGAUGCAGUUUCCGCUAAAGAUACAUAGAGAUAAACACCUGGCGGAACAUGUUAUUUUAAAAUCUCAUCCGAAUGUGAAAUGCAACGACUGCGGGGCGAUUUUUUGCAAUAAAACCGCUCUUGAUUAUCAUCGAAAUUCUACUCAUCAACGGAUCAUCUCAUUGUACAGUCCAGUGUUAACGCCUCCCCCCAGCAAGAAGAUAAAGGUGAACAACGCCGGGGAUCCUCAGAGCGUGUACUACUGUCAUCUCUGCGGCUUUGAAUACAUUGUCAAGUUCAACCUUCAGAAACACCUGGAAAGGCAACACUCGAAGAAGGAAAGGGACGAAGCGCCGCCCGAAAUGAUCAAAUGCACAACCUGCGACGCUCUGUUCUACAGUCAGAAGGCCUAUCAGAACCACAACAUGUACCACAAACCUGAUGACCUUUAUGUGACCAGUGAACAACAGAGGUUAAGAACUGUGACAAGAGUGGACCAGGAUUUUGACAUCAGAAGGGUCCAGCUCGGGGCGGAAAAAUACCUUCCAAAACUUCCAAGGAGGAGAAGGAGAUUAAGACAGCCGGUGGAAAUUAUAAAACCUGAGAAAGAAAGCUCUGAUGAAAUGUCACCACCCUCUUCAAUGGAUACCUCUAGUGAUUCCGAUAGUGACAUGCCACUUAGUAAGAGAAUAAAAAAUGCAGAGGGAGGUAGUCCUAUAAAGAAGGAACAAAAAAAUGAAACCAAGGAAGAAAAGACUGAAAAGAAGUGUGAGAGUGACCCAGAAGACAAGAUAAAAGUUGUCCGUGGCAAACAAAAACAGUUAAAGCGCAAAGGUCAGAGUAAAAAAAAUAAUAAAAAUCAACUCAUGAAAUCGGUUGAUGAAGACAGUGAUGGUGUAGCGGAGUCGGACGAUAAAACAACAAAAAAUUCUUUGUCAUAAGUUGAUGUUAAUACGUUAAUUUGGGCCAUACACAUUUAACGUGUGUUGCAGUCAUGUGGAUUUGUCAGUCAAGCUGUAUUGCAUUGUGGUAUAGAAUUAUUAACAUGCAGUUGAGUCUGUUGAGUGUAAAUGAGUCCCAUAGGUUUUAUUUCAAAAAAUUUAAUCUAUGCUUAACAAAUGAAUGAUAACCUAACCUAAACUCAAAUUAAUAGCCAACUACAAAAACAGCUAGACUUACCAAAGUUAAAGAACUCUAGAAGUAUUUUUCUACGAUCUAUUUAUCAUCAUGGAAUAAAUUAAUGUACCGAAUUGUUUUGCAAAAUGCCAGGCAGUGGAAAGUGAUAGCAUUUAAAAAGUAUCAUUGUUUUUUCUAUGAAUACUAAUCAAUUGUAAACCUAAUACUCGGCUGAAGUUAGGAAGAAAGGCAGGGUCCAAUCCAAUCUGAUAUUUAGAUUGGGAAUAAAAAGAAAAGACAAUGUCCUAUAAGAUUUUUUCCAUAACGUUUACCUUUAUGUAACAAUUUCUUAAUACAAGUAGGCUAAUAAAUAAAUACCUUAAAAAUAUAUUCAUAUAUUUACAACCGAAUAAAGCUUGUAUGCCUAACUUUGUUAAGAACUAAAAGGUUGCAGAAUCUCGUGUCCAAUAAAAAAUGAAUGUGUGUGGCUCUAAUAUUACUAUUGGUAACUUUCUCCCAUUUAAAACUUGUAUUUUGUUUUCAAAUUACUUAUGAUAGAUAAUUUAAAUUUAUGAAUAUGUUAGUUUCAAACAAAAUAAGAGCAGGGUGUCUACCAACCGGGAAAUCCGGGAAAACCGGGAAUUGUACUUAAAUUUUUACUGGCCAUGAAAUGUACGGGAAUUGUACUUAAAUGCCAGACUACGUCCUUAAAUUUUUAAUGGGCCAUAAUUUUAUUGAUCGCUAGUUGGUUAGGAGCACAUAAAAGGUUUAUCAGAUGUUUGUUUACAUUUUCAUAAUUUAUUACUAGAGUAAUUAUGCAAUAAAAAUCCCAUUAACAAUCUCAAACCCAUUAAUAUUUUAUCACGACAAUCAAGUGUCAAGUUAAGUACUUCCAAGAACUGUUGACUCAGCAGCUAGCUCAUAAAAGUUGUGUCACUUUUAUUCCUUUACAACUUCUUUUUUUAUUACUAGGGUAAUUAUUAUUAGAUCCCAAACCUAUUUUAUCCUGAAAAUAAUAGCUUUAUAAUGGCUGUUAAAUUUCACUUCUUACUUGUCCUUUUGGCUUGAAGAUUCAAUUUGCCACGGCCAGUGCCUAGUGCCAAAAACUGUUUAUGGUUUCAUAUUAAACAUGUAAAUAAUCUAGUCUUUUUUUAAGUUAACCUCUUUUUAAUGGACAUUUUAUCUUUCAAUUGACAAAACCACAAGCAUUGUUGUUUGUAUUAAUGUUUUAUCACUAUGUAAGCCUGCUUGGUUUCAAAUUAUGUCAUUGCAUUUUCUGUAUCUUUGUCUUAUAUUGUUGGCUAUUCAGGUUUCAAUGUUUUUUGUUUCCCAUAUAUUUAUUUAUUGAGUUGUAUGCUUUAAGCAAUCUAAAUCUUAUGAACUAGAAUGAUUAUAGUGACUUUGCUGCUAUUAUAACCUCAUUGUUUGUUACUCAGUUUAUAUAGGCCCUCCUAAAUAAUUAGGUCUAGGCCUGGGUAUUUUGAUUCUUGAAAGAGCUGUAAAAUAUAUUAAGAAAAUGUAAUUGAGCCUAAGAUAAACAACUAAUGUAAUUGAGCCUAAGAUAAACAACUAAUGAUUGCUAUGUGUCGAUAUUAACUUUGCAAAUGAAAAUACAAUAAUCCAUACCUUGAUUUUGUUCUAAGAAUUGAGUAACAAUAUGCAUUAAAGAUGUUGUUUCAAAAGUAGUCAAGAACCUAACGUUGUGCCAGGGCGAAUCAUGCCAAAUUAUAAGCUAUGUUAUGAAGUUUAUGUGACCGAUGGAGAUAUUUGUCGCUAUCGCAGGAGACAAUGAUUGCGUUUCUCUGUUACACUAUACAAGCUUUAGGCCUACCUAAAGUGUAGGUAGGCCUAUGUUUGUUUACUUUCAAUAAAUUUCUAUUUUGUAAUUUUUAACUCUUAUCUAUUAUUAUUUACUUUUCUCUCUGGUACAACUACAGUGAAUAACAAGAUUAAUACAGUUUGACAAAUCAGGAAAAUUAUUCGGUAGGCCUAAUGACACCGACAAAGGUUACGGCAAAGUGUCCUUAAAUGUACGGGAAUUGUCCAUGAAUUUUUUAUCCAGAAUGUAGUAGACACCCUGAAGAGAUUUUCUAUUUAAAUGGUAGCUUAAUCAGAUUAAGCUUUAUAGUUACUGAGUUUAUUUCUUUAUGGUAAAAUGUUUGUUUAUAGUUUGUUAUUACAGUGGUUUAUUUUAUUAGUAGUCAGUAAUUUAUUUUAUUUUUGGCAGGGUCUAAGAUACAAUAAGACCCUGCUAAUCCAAGCUCGGCAGGUCCGACUCAUCACAUAAUCCUAUCAGCGACAAUGUCAUUGCAGUAAUAACAUGACUAUCUGCCUUGGUCUUGUGGAGAUCGUCGUAUCCUGAAAAAAUGUUGUUUAUCCCCCCUGGCCUGCAAUCACGUAAACACCAUUAUUGUUUUCUCGGCUCACAGGAAAAUAUAUCGUCAUCCGCCGCGAUUGUGGCAAAAUAUUAAACGUCUCUGACGGUCAUCCACGUCCUACGCGAUCAGUAAUGUCAGUUAGGUAUCUGGGAUAGUUUGACCUUUUCACUGUUCCGACCAUGGUACUGAUCCCAUAGGUGGCGUUAGUACGGAUAUACUGUACCUAAUUGUGUUUACUGUAUUGUUAAUUUUGUUAAGUAUGCUUCCUUAGUUUAUAAUCCGAAAUAUUUGAUUGAUCAAGUUCUUAAGUUAUAAGUAGGUAACAUUGCUCAAACUGCAAUUUACCAUUAUAAAAGGUUUAUCUUUUUUUACCCUCCUUACUACUUUUUUUUAAACCUUAAUGCCUCUUUUACACAUUGAAUAAUGAAGGAUAAAAAGGAAAAAAAAAACAGCAAUCGUUUAUGACUAACAUUGGAAAUAAUGCUGAAAUAAUAAUUAAAAAUAACUGUGAUAACCUCGCCUGAAUUCAUUUGAGUUUAAAUUUGUUUAAAUACUUUUACUUUAAUAGGCUACUUCAUUCUAUUUCCACUAAUGUACACAUUUUUUCUAACCUUUUCAUAAUUGUAGUUAUUUUUUUCUGUUUAUUUUGAGUGAAAAAUACAUUUCAAUAUCGAAAUAUACGUUUUAAAGUUUAGAUAAACCAUCACACUCAAAAUAGCUAAAAAGGGAGAGAAGUUAAAAAUGUAAGAAAUACAUAAGCAGGUUCUUUAAUUUACUCAAAUGUAAUGUUGAUUAUUAUUCUAAUUUCUGGGAGAAAAGUUGUCGUUUCGUUUUGGUGGAUUUCCUUUAAACCCUUUCAUGAAUGUUUCAAUUGAAUGUGUCUUCAUAGAACAAUUCUGGUCAUUACUCUAAGAACUAUAGUCUAUUAUAUCUCUGUAAGAAAAUAACACUAAUGCAGAAGUAUUCAGUGUAUAGAGAUUUGUAAUUGUAGUAAAAAUGUAUGAUUUAUUUGUA